AUGAAUUUGGAAGAUGCAGCGAAAUUUGUUAAAAAGCUUAAGGAAACUGAUCCUGACAUUGUUAACCGUUCCGGGUCCGAGGAUGAUCACCGCAUGCUUCAUGGUGGUCUAAUUUAUCUAGCUCUUACGGAGCCAGAAACACGUCGCACUUGUCUCCAUGAUAUUCUUUUGACAUCAAGGGAUAACCUCAAUUAUGCCCUCUCUGAGCUGACUCGGUUGGUAGCAGAGGCGUGGCCAAAGAUGCUUCAACCAGUGCGGAAGAGCAUGUUGGCUAUUCUGGCUGAAUUGAUAGCUACUCGCGGCGCUAAUGUAGACAUACUUGUAUUGCACGUGUUUCGCAGAAUGCCAUCCGGCGACUUAAGUUCUCUGAAUCUGUGGCUCAUUCAAUCCGUCCUUGAUCUCCUAAUUAGAAAUAGAGAAUGGCUGGAACAUGAGGACAGAAAACCGUUUCUUCUGCCCCUGGCAGUCUACACCUUUCUUCGCCUUAUACCGGACCACCUGAAUGGAUCGCCAAGUUCGUCCUCAAAAGGAUUCGACCCUGCUGUGUCCUCAACAAUAGCUACUUUGUUUCAGCGGGAGUCCAAUUUUGUAGUGGAAACCUUACGAAAAGAUUUUGACAGAUGCGCGUCGAUCGGCCGAGAUCUCAUCCGAUUGCUCCAUCCGCUUUCCCGUACGGAACCCUUUCAGCGCCUAUGGAAUGAUAUUUUUAAUAAUAUUUCUUCAUUGUCGAACAUCCACACGAGUGUUAAUAGUGUGCUGGAUAUCGCAACUCCUCAGUAUUUCGCACAGACCCUUAUUCCUCAAGAUAUGGAGGUUUGGAUUAGAUGGAUGCUGAGAAACGUUCAUUGCGCAUCCGGUUUCCCUGUUAGACGCUACCAAGAAUUUUUUCACAAAAAGUUCUUUUCAACACAGGAAAGUCUGAAUCUUCGAGUUUGCCUAGUAAGGUACAUCGUGAAUUCCUUCUAUCCUGAUAAUGACAUGCUCGCGUCAAGCCUCAUUCCACGAUGGAAUGUCAUUUCGUGGCUCAUCUCCCAGUGUACAUGUCAAACCACGUGCCAAAGCAUGAAGCUGGCUCUCUUUUUUGAUUGGUUUUUCUUUAAACCCAACGAAUGCAUCAUGAAUGUUGAGCCAGCAAUCCUGGCAAUUGCGAAUAAUCUCUCUUCUCGAUUUCAACCGUUUGGUCUCGUUUUGGUGGAGUAUCUUACUAAGACUGCUGCCAACUUUUGUCCAGCCCUUACGGAGAGAAUAGCGAUGUCGGUUCGAUCGGGCCUGGAGGACAUGCUGCGUUUGGGCGUCAUAAGAUCGAUCAGCCCCUUCCUGGAUAUACUACUGCGAGCCUCGCCUGAAAUUUACCGCAAUUUCAGCAGCCUAAUAGGCCCGCUGGUAGACUCCACUCUUCCCAUACCCUCGGCGAUAGGCCCUGGCUGUGGUUCUGCGUCCACGCCGAUCCCUGUAGCCAAUGAAGUUGGAGGAGGCAGCGGUGGAGGGAGUACUGAUGGUAAUAAGUUCCACCAUCCACGCCCACAUCUUGGCCCCUCUAACAUUCACACUUCCCCCGAUCUUUUUAACAAGGCCAAACGCGGAGAUGCACUCGCUCAUUCUUCUGCCCUAAAUUUGUCCGCUGUCAACCCGUCCGCAACCGGUCCCCCUACUGAUCCUCGUCUUCGUCGGCAUACACUAACUUCCUCCACCCCCAAAAAUGGUGGGCCCCACUCUCCCCCCGUUCUUCCUCCCAAACCUCGGCCUCGCUCACCCUCUCCCGACGGUUGCGGUCGGUUUUCUCCGCCUCCCAUCCCAUAUGUCGAUCUUUCCUCGUCAGGCGUACUCUCCUCCGCUGACACUAAGUCGCAGACGCCCUCAACUAAGCCACAAAAGCAAUCGGAGUCCAAGCUGCAGUCAUCACCCCUCCCCUCUGCCGUCUCCCCUUCUGUUACGCCGAUUCGAGAGAAACUUUCUGCGCUCCCAAACAACUUUGAAAGCUUCGCUUCUCCGGAGUACAGAAUCGGUCCGAAUUCUAGUGGCGACUCGGUUCAGCAAAGAAUAGAUGAUCUACGACGGAAGUUCCAGUUUUACCAGCUUCGCUACCUGUACAAGAUGAAAACAGAUGUGGAUGUCAACGGGUUAAUUGGUCAGUUUGAUGGCCAGAUUCGAGAGGAUUUGGAGAAUUUGGCGUCGGCUGCCAAAGCCGCGGGCAUCUUUAGGGAAGCAGAGGCCGUCAUCGAGGAGACGCCAGCUUCGACGCCCAAUUCUUCUUCAACUGACGACGCAGGCAAGUUGCCCACCGACUGCGUGUUCUGUCCUGGCCUCAUAGACUCGGUUCUCGAUGACGACUUUCCAGAUGAUCUGGCAGUUGCGGGUCGAAUUGCCGACAUCGUUUGCCAACUCUGUUUGCCCCUAUUUGACGCUGCUGGAGGUGAUUGGGGGAGCAAUGGCGUUGCAAACCAUCGCGCCUUGGCGACCCUCCUACCCUCGCAUCUACCCAUUACUCAAGAGCAAAUCGACGCCAGCCUGGCCUCUCCGGUGUUUGUUCCACUUCGAAAUUUGUGUGAAAUGAGUCGUGGCAAUAACAAACGCGAGAUCCUCCUGCUUCUACUCACGGAGAUACAAAUUCGGCAGCCUCGUAUUGGCUAUCAUCUGUUGUACUUCCUAGCAGUCAGGUUAGUUGUCCAUCUCCUCUUCGUGCUGUUUUUUAUUCCAGAAAAUCCGCUUUACAUUUUAAUCGAGGCAAAACUCGCAGGCACUGUGAACGAUGAAAAGAUGAUGGCAUACCGAAGUUUUUGUGCAAGCCAGGAAAACCCUAAUGUUGUCGCGUGUCUCCAGCGAGAUAUGCAAUUGCUCGCCGAUGACAAUCGUUUUCUCUUUUGCUAUCUCCUUCCAACCGUUUGGAGUGUGUUCUCUAACGAUCUUGCCAACAACACGGACUUCAUUCGCCUGAUCGUCGGUAAAAUAGAUCCCAGUCAAGCCAACUACCUGGUUUGUGAAAUCCUGCGUGGCCAUCUUAACUUCUUCCACCGACCCAACAUUACAGACGUGCUGAAGGCAAGUUUGGAUUGGACCUCCAUGGAGCAAUUCUUUUUUUGGCAGCUCGUCAACGCCCAUGAAUUGCCCACCAAGACGUUCCUUCCCCUCAUCUCCCUCGUUGAUGGACAAAAACAUCCCGAAGCCUGCUCCCACCUCCUCCUUCUCUUGCAGCUUGAAAAGCUGGGAUGCAAGUCUGUUGUCCUUGUCAAUGAGGGUUGUGUAAUCACCUUUUUUGUAAAAAGGCCGACGAACGAAGUAGUUCGCCUCCUAUUAUCUCGCGGUAUUUCUAAUCUCAACUCCACGGCGACGUCAAGCACAACUGACGACCUCUUGUCUGUGACUGCAUUGCACUACUGGGGUUGUCCGGGGCGGUUGAAUGCUCAGAGGUUUGCUGAAAUCCUCGGUUCCAUGAUCAACGCCACUGUAAGCGGUCUGCGGGCUGCACACGACGGCGAAGAGAGCGCCAGUGCUGCAAAGAAAAGAAAUGGUGUAAAGAGUGGGAGCGGCUUAGAGCACCUCUCCUUACUGGUGUCCAUUCUAACUCACCUGGACUGUAUGCGGAGGAAAUGCAGGAACAUUGCAAGAAAGAAGGCUGGAAUUUGUUGGGUUUCCUAUCACCUCUCUAUCCCAUCAAUUUGCAAUGCUUGUCAUGCCUUAUUCGUGUCCGCUUGUCUUUCAGUGCUGGAAGCGGCUGAAAUUCAGUCAUCACUGCAACAAGUUAUCCACUCGGCCGGUGUUCCAACUCAUGUUAAGGAUCGUUUUGCGGACCUGCUAAGUUUGGUUGAGGACGAUUCCAUUGACGUUCAACAGACGACAACCACAACUAGAGCGGGUGGAGUGACACGAAGUAGUCGUCAAGACGCCUCCGAUCUUGUUGGUGGAGGAUCAUCGAAGGGAGGACAUAGUCUGCGAAAUCUUGACUCGAGACGUGCAGCAGAGGCGGAGCGUCGAAGGUCAGCAGUUACUUCUAGCAAUAUGAGAAGGAAACCUCGCCGAAAAUCAGAUGAGGAUGGUGAAGACAGUGGUAGCAACUCCAGCAGCGAUGAAGAUGUUGGAAGUGAUGGUGUGCUCGCUUUUGAUGAUUCUCUUGACCCUGCGGUCGACGAUGAAGAGCAGGAAGAUGGUGAAAGGGUCUCUUCCACUCCUGACGAUAGUGACGAGAACUCCUCUGAAUCCGUAAUCGAUGACGACGAAGAGCCUGUUAGUCGCGGAAAAAAGCGACCAGCGAGAGGGCGCACUACAGCCAAUAAGAAGCAAUCCCAGGUAUCCUUAAAAAAGAAAGGCCCCUCAAAAUCGCGAAAGACCGUUGUUAUCGUCGAGUCGGAUGAAGAUGGUGAAGAGAGUGAGCCUGAAGAUACUCCACGAGUUACUGGGGCACCGAAGCGACGGAAAAUGGUGUCUAGACGGCUUCUUGAUGACUAA